AUGACCGUGGAGCUCUGCCCGAACAGGAAGUGGAGCCACCUUCGCAAAUACACCGAGAAGAUUCAGGAGGUGGAGGAGGGAGGAGCAGGAGCAGGGAGGAGGAGCAAGAAGAGUAACGGGGAGAAGGAGAGGAGGGGGAGGAGAGGGGCGAGGACAGCUGGAGGAGGAGGGCAGGAGGAGGGGGAGCGCAGGAGGAGGAAGGCGGAGAAGCUACUGAGCUACUCUCAGUCCAUCCUACCUAGCUCCGUGAACCCACCCCUCAGCUACUCUCAGUCCAUCCUACCUAGCUCCAUAAACCCACCCCUCAGCUACUCUCAGUCCAUCCCACCUAGCUCCAUAAACCCACCCCUCAGCUACUCUCAGUCCAUCCUACCUAGCUCCAUAAACCCACCAUUCAGCUACUCUCAGUCCAUCCUUCCUAGCUCCGUGAACCCACCCCUUAACUACUCUCAGUCCAUCCUACCUAGCUCCAUAAACCCACCCCUCAGCUACUCUCAGUCCAUCCCACCUAGCUCCAUAAACCCACCCCUCAGCUACUCUCAGUCCAUCCUACCUAGCUCCGUGAACCCACCCCUCAGCUACUCUCAGUCCAUCCCAACUAGCUCCAUAAACCCACCCCUCAGCUACUCUCAGUCCAUCCCACCUAGCUCCAUAAACCCACCCCUCAGCUACUCUCAGUCCAUCCUACCUAGCUCCAUAAACCCACCAUUCAGCUACUCUCAGUCCAUCCUUCCUAGCUCCGUGAACCCACCCCUUAACUACUCUCAGUCCAUCCUACCUAGCUCCAUAAACCCACCCCUCAGCUACUCUCAGUCCAUCCCACCUAGCUCCAUAAACCCACCCCUCAGCUACUCUCAGUCCAUCCUACCUAGCUCCGUGAACCCACCCCUCAGCUACUCUCAGUCCAUCCCAACUAGCUCCAUAAACCCACCCCUCAGCUACUCUCAGUCCAUCCCACCUAGCUCCAUAAACCCACCCCUCAGCUACUCUCAGUCCAUCCCAACUAGCUCCAUAAACCCACCCCUCAGCUACUCUCAGUCCAUCCCAACUAGCUCCAUAAACCCACCCCUCAGCUACUCUCAGUCCAUCCUACCCAGCUCCAUAAACCCACCCCUCAGCUACUCUCAGUCCAUCCCACCUAGCUCCAUAAACCCACCCCUCAGCUACUCUCACUACUCUCAGUCCAUCCUACCUAGCCAUAAACCCACCCUCAGCUACUCUCAGUCCAUCCUAAGCUCCAUAAACCCACCCCUCAGCUACUCUCAGUCCAUCCUACCUAGCUCCAUAAACCCACCCCUCAGCUACUCUCAGUCCAUCCUACCUAGCUCCAUAAACCCACCCCUCAGCUACUCUCAGUCCAUCCUACCUAGCUCCAUAAACCCACCCCUCAGCUACUCUCAGUCCAUCCCACCUAGCUCCAUAAACCCACCCCUCAGCUACUCUCAGUCCAUCAGCUACCUACCUAGCUCCAUAAACCCACCCCUCAGCUACUCUCAGUCCAUCCUACCUAGCUCUAUAAACCCACCCCUCAGCUACUCUCAGUCCACCCCUAACCUAGCUCCCAUAAACCCACCCCUCAGCUACUCUCAGUCCAUCCCACCUAGCUCCAUAAACCCACCCCUCAGCUACUCUCAGUCCAUCCUACCUAGCUCCAUAAACCCACCCCUCAGCUACUCUCAGUCCAUCCUACCUAGCUCCAUAAACCCACCCCUCAGCUACUCUCAGUCCAUCCUCUAUAAACCCACCCCUCAGCUACUCUCACUCCAUAAAACCCACCAGUCCAUCCCAGCUAGCUCCAUAAACCCACCCUCAGUCCAGUCCAUCCCACCUAGCUCCAUAAACCCACCCCUCAGCUACUCUCAGUCCAUCCUACCUAGCUCCAUAAACCCACCCCUCAGCUACUCUCAGUCCAUCCCACCUAGCUCCAUAAACCCACCCCUCAGCUACUCUCAGUCCAUCCCACCUAGCUCCAUAAACCCACCCCUCAGCUACUCUCAGUCCAUCCUACCUAGCUCCAUAAACCCACCCCUCAGCUACUCUCAGUCCAUCACACCUAGCUCUAUCCUCAGCUACCUCAGUCCAUCCUACCAGCUCCAUAAACCCACCCCUCAGCUACUCUCAGUCCAACCCUCCAUAAACCCACCCCUCAGCUACUCUCAGUCCAUCCUACCUAGCUCCAUAAACCCACCCCUCAGCUACUCUCAGUCCAUCCUACCAGCUCCAUAA